UUCAACCCGAAAUGCUGUUUCGAGACUAAUAACCCUUUUGGGCUAAUUAGUCAAAAUAAAUAAAACCCUAUAAGAAAAAUAAAGUGUAUUAAUUGAAAUUUGCAAUUAAAUCUUACACUUGCAGACCCGUAGAAAUGAAAACCGAGGAAAAAACACCAAAAGUAGCAUUUCGAUUGACCUUACAAAUAGUAACUUAAGAGUAAGUUUACAAGUAAAGGGAGUAUUUUUUAAAGUAGCAUAAAUGAUGUAGCUAGUAAUUCUCAGCCUUUAACAAAUUACUAGCAUAAAUGAUGUAGCUAGUAAUUUGUUAAAGGCUGAGAGUUAUUUUAUGUGGGAAAAAGGCUGAGGAUAUGUUUGAAGUAAGUCAUAGAGUUAAUAGAAUUAAACAUAAAACUGCAAAAUUUCUCCCACAAUUGCUGUAAAAAUUGCGAUAGCAUUUAAGACUAUUAACUAUUCGACAAUAUAAAUAAGCUUGUUACUCGACGCUUUAAAGUUUAUUGAUGAGCAUAAAUGCAAAAUAUCUGAUCUAACAUUCUAAUUUUUUAUGAUCCGAUUUAAUAAAAAUCUAUUAAUAAGUAUGGGGAAUUUUGUUGAAUCAUUUAUUUUCGAAUAUUAAGAAACUUAAUAAGCAACUAUAUAAUGCUGUAUUUCCAAAUUGCGCCCAUGCUCUCUAAAAUAACGCACCAGAAUUAUUUUCUACUGUUUCCCACGGUUCUAUUGUUAAAGCACUGUUUGUGAAACGUCGCGUGUUUGCAUAUUCAAACAUUAGGCUAGCAUUUCUAAUGAACUCACAGCGCCCUCUGGCAAAUUGAUGACACUCGUUAUUAGAAGUCAUGAAAGUUAUUAUAAGCUGUAGUGGUUUAUUACCUCGUUAUUAUAGUAUCUGAUAUCGAUUAAUAUAACACUGUCUAUUGAAUCCUAAACGUGAAUUUGCGUCACGUGGAUUGUGACUCAGGGGAAAUGCAUUGCUUUCUAAUAUAUUUUGUGAAUAUGCAAUAACAUGAUUUAUUUGAUGUCCCUAUUUCAAGAGGUCUAUCUAGAUAUUUGUUUCAUGGGGUUCAUGUUCCUUGGGGGCAUACUCCUGUCUAUUUAUUAUUUUCAUCACGAGACAAGAAAGCUUUGCAGAUCCAGAGGGAAGUAAUGUUUCCAGCUGAAGGCUCUUUUGUUCAGACUGGACCAUCCGGCCAUACCAAAAUUAAUGAAAACUAUUCAGCCGCAGAUCAGGCUCAUUGCUCAAUUCCUGCUUUUGAAUUUGAACAACCUUGCAGAAUUCCACUAUGCAGUGCUGAUGACUUUUCUGGACCAUACAAAGACUUCCACCCACCAGGAAAUCGAACACCAGCUGUAGGUGAAAGGAUAUGGGGAGAUCCACCCUAUUUGCGUUCAUAUUUGGAUCCCAUUUAUCAACAGCGUACAAGCGCCUGUGGGCAUACAGACAACUUAUUAUUCCGAGGAUCAUUUUAUCAAGGAGAUACUGAAGCCCAUGAAGAAUUUGUUAAUCAUGGAGUACCUUCUCCGAAAAAGUACCAUAAAUUUAUUCGCCAUUAUGAACCACCUGGAAUGAAGCACAACAAGAGUAUCACGCAAACUGAUUUCGUGCCUCCCUAUCCUAUGCUUCCCAAAGACAAGUUUCCAUGUUUGGCGGAAGAGCCUGAGAAAUCCUGGUAUACUAAAAAGCCAUCCAGGCCUAAGAAUCCUCACGCCAAAGAGUACGAACCCAAACAUGUAGAGCCUCAAGUAAUUUAUAUUGAUGAAGAGCCUAAGAGAGAUUUCAGCACUGAAACCGGAGACAAUUACAUUUGCUUCCAGAGGCCGAAGCAAAGAAGAAAAUAUGCAGAUCCUAAACCUACCGAGCAUGAGAUUUUCUUCAACAACUUGAGAGAUAAACAUCAAAAAUGUUCACACCAGCCACCAACUCUCGAUGCUUGCGAUUGUGGUUGCGAGAAAAGAGGCUUGUGUUGUAGCCAAGUAAAUUCUAUUUCGGAGAAAAAUCCAUGGUUUCUCUUCCCGCGAAACUAUCCAUCGAAGUAUGGGUUUAUGAUCCUUCCAAGUAAAUGUGACCAUGAACAACAUCAGACGGCGACAUAAUCUCCACAAAUUAUUUACUGAGCAGUUAAAGAUUUUAAUUAUGAAGACCAAAGAAGUAACAAGGAAUAAAUGUAAACCUAGAGACACUACGCCUUUGAUGUAAACUAUACCGAUAUUGGAAUUUUGACAAUAAAAUUAGGGUUUAAAUUUAAAUAUCAGAAAAACAUUUUUCUUCUUUCAUCGGUUUUUAAUUCACGAUUAAAAUUUGCUUCCAUAGUGAUCGAAGUUUUUUUCCUUCAAGAAUAUGAAUCAAACUUAAUAACUGCAAUGCUGCAGAUCUUAUCGAAGUUC